AUGGUGCCUUUUCCUACUUUGCUAAUCCACUUUCCAGAGUUUAGCUCCCGAAGCGCUCAUGGCAACUAUGUAGACUGUGCCCGUUGGUUUGGCGGCUUAGUUGUUUCCAAGUCUUGCGAGAACUGUGUCGUCCUAUGGCGCCCUGGACAACUGGAAGAUGCACCUUUAUCUCCCUUACUCUCCAAUACGCAAAUGCAGGUGACCGGAGGCCUUAACUUCCCAUCUCAUCUACAACCGGUUCUCAAUGGACCCGGAAAAAUGAGCUUUCACGCAGUACCAGGUGUGCCAACUGAGCAUAGAAUCAACAUCAUCCAUCAACUCAAGGCUCCGGAUUGCAAUCUAUGGUACAUUCGGUUUGACCUCGACCUUGAGCACCAACUACUAGCUCUGGGCACUGGAACAGGAGCUUCCCGUAUCUAUCUCUGGGACCUUUCUCGGUCCGAGAUGGCCUUUAGUCUUAGCCCCCAGAUACUACCCAUUUCAUUUACUGGCUGCGGCACUGGUUUGGGACUUGCGGCCGGCACCUGCGCCGCAAUUCGGCAGACACGGUUCGCUGACGAUGGGCGCAUCUUACUCUGU